ACACUGGUUGCCAACGAACUUCUACAACAAUUCCUAGGCCAGCAGGUUCAACCAACAUCAUUCGUUACACGUUUUCUUGUCAAGUCUUCAUUAUAACCAUCUUUUGCUGUGCUACAUUGCAUCCUUCCACGUUUCCUUCAACCCCACAGCUACUUUCCGAACUUCGACCUCUUUUUACUCUCCUUAAGUCCGUAUCGAAACUUUUCGUACCAUCCCCACAUUUCAGUUUCACCCUGGCUGGCCGUGUCUUCACAAUCUUCAGAGUCGCAGGUCGUUUCACCAAUUUUGUUUUCUAAACCUUUCCUUUGCAAAUGGCAGCGUCCAAAGCACAGGUUCCUCCAGUCAAUUUAAAAGAACGCAUUGCAGCCUUGCAACAACGCAAUGUAUCCCCAAGCCAACACCCUUCCACUCAACCUUCGAACAAGUCUGCCCCCGCUUUUGGUGCUGGUGGUCUGCGUGAUAGGAUAGCCAAGUUUGAAGAAAAAGGUGGUGUUCCAGUUCCUCGUGCAAGCUUUGGCAUGAAUGUGCCUCAGCUGGCAGAGAACGCUCCAGCAAGGAGGAGAGGAGAACUCUACGCCAACCGCGUACAAGGACUCGGGAGACCAACUGGGGCUCCUGCAAGUCGAUCCGGUUCCCCUUUACCAAAUGUUGACGAUCUUGCUCCACGAAAACGAUGCAUCUCCACCUCUGCUGCGGGCCUAGAUAACUCUUCGCUAGCUCAGAAUGACGGUCCGGUUCCGCCCCUCCCUUCAAAUGGACCGUUUUCUAACCCUCGUCGCAACACUCUUACGGCUAAUCUUGCUGGUACUCGUCGUGUUGCC